CUGUGCGCAUGUCAUUCAAGACUGAUCAGAUUUCAGUCAAAAUAUCAGCGACGGGAUAAUUUUACCAGGUAAUUGUUUAGCCGGGUCUUAUUACUAAUCAUAUGUUAGUUGUCACGCUUAAUUUGAUUCUUAACUUCUGAACCAUAAAUUGACUAAAGUUUUUAGAUUAGUACGGUCGUACAAUAUAGCUAAGUAGUAUGUAUAUGUAGGUUUUGACGCAUUCAAAUCAAUAAUUGUGUAUUUAGUUGCUGAUUCAAACAUCUUUUUCACUCAUCAUGUGCUAUUCCACUUUUCCAUUAUCAUCUUUUAAAGUACUAUUAUGGCAACACUAAAAACGGAAGGAUCAUAUAACGCUCAGUUAAACAGCAGUCGCAACUUGGCUCUGGAUUUAGCGCAUGCAGCUAUGGCUGCACAAAAUAAUAACAUAUCACCCGAUACUGUUGCAAUGAAUGCAGUUGCUGCAUCAGCAUUACUGAGUCAAACUUCAAACAAUGGAGCUGCUGUUGCCCAGGCAGCGAUACAACAAAAACAAACUGAACAACAUGUUUUGUCAGCUCUGACGAAAUCUUUGCGUAACCAUUCAGAACAUACUGUCUCAUCUAACUAUGCACCGUCUAUGGCAGCACUCGUAGCAUCCGGUCAGCAGCUCCCACCUCCUUCGUUCCCGUUCAACGCUGUGACGGCAUCUACGACUACAUAUCGUAAGGCCAUAUUAUCUAACAUUUUGGAAAAUAAUUAUGACUGACAAAAAUUGGGUUUCGACCUUUGCGAUUUAUUAUAUGCGUUAUUAGCAUCAACCAUUUACUUUGUACUUGAUUCAAAUACUGAAGCAUAUGGAUAUUAUUGUUCCUUGUAUUUAGUUUACGUAAUCUACUUCUCAAAUGUUGUUAUUGUCAAAGCAGCGUCAAGCUCUAUAUUGUUGUCUAUUUGCAGUUUUGAUGAAAGUCACGGUUGAAUUAUCAUUUUUCGUAUAUUUACGAGUUAACGUAUUCAAUUAGGUCAUUUUUCCUGAAUACUUUAACGUGGUAGGUUUAUUGGUUUACUGAUUCGAGGUCUGUAAAUUCCUUCAGUUUAUCAAGUCACAUAUAGAAGAUUAGAAAUAAAACUAAUACUCGGGUUGUACUUUAACUGAUUAUUAAGUGGUAUACAAAACCCCGUCGUAAUUUUGUUUCUAUUUCACGUUGAUUAACCAUUAAUUAUUAGCCAAUGUCACGUUUUUCUGAUCUUUGGAAUUGAGCGGGUUCUCUCAGUCGAGUUGCGAUGUAGCUACUAGUCUAAGUUAUUUGACAUCACAUGAGCUCUUUUCUGCUUUUGGGCGGUUGAAAGGAACCCAUGGAUUUUAGUCUCACCCUAGUUAGCACUCGUCAGGAAGGCGUAAAUAUUAUGCAGUUAUGUUUAUAUUUUGUAUACGUAUUAUUUUACCAUGGAAAGCAUUAUUUAUCCGUCAAUUUUAUUAUGCUUAUUAAUCGAUUAUAUCUUGUCCUAUCUGGUCCGUCAGCAUUCUAUUCACUACUUAAACAAAUAAACCUGUUCAUAACAUCUCCAUAGUCACGAAGGCUUAGGUAAACUGUCUUUGAAAUCUGCACAAACUGUGCAUCACAUCAUAAUCACCCAUGCUGUUAGUAUGUUGUAGUUGUUUUUUAUUUUGACGAUUAAUUUUAAUAUGUAUUCUAAAUUAAAAACUUGAGUAGAUAGUGAUGUUACUCAGUUCAUAUCGCAUUGAUUAAUCGAUCAGCAUUCCUUCGAAGAUAAUCGGCAUAGUCUUUACAUCCUGUCAUAAAAUUUAUUCAGUAAGUUGUCUCGAACAUUUAGUUUUUGACAUCGUGACACUGGUUAUUGCUAUUAAGAUUAAUGUGCACGUGAUAUAGUGUAAAUAAACCUCCAAAUAACUCUCACUGGGUUAUAAAUUUGACUAAUUAAAAUAAGCUGAUUAAUGCAGAAGGCAACGUAUGUUUUGAUGCACAAUCGUGUUGGUUUCAUUUGUUAUGUUUCACAAUCAACGUUAUAAGAGAAAUAUAAUUAUUAUUAGGAAAGAUAUAGGUUUUUUGGUACAAUAAAAAUCAACUGAGAACGAACACUUUUGAAGUUUACUGACAAAUAAACUGUCUAACAUUUUUAUCACAGCAUUUCCGGACACAUCCAAGUACAUAUACGAUGAGUCUACUCGCUUUUACUAUGAUCCUGUCACUGGUCUAAUGUAUGAACCGAACUCAAAAUACUUCUAUGACCGCGGAAGUCAGCAAUAUUAUUAUUGGGAUCAAACGAAGAGUACAUAUCUUCCUGUACCACAAACAAAUCCUCAAUCCAAUUCCGUCGAUAAUGCGGCUUCCAACUCUCAAACCGAUACUUCAGAUGCUCCUAAAAACAAAGAUGAUCGUGGUAAAACAGCUCAACAGAUUGCACGAGAAAUGGAAAAGUGGGCGAAGAAGAUGAAUGCUCAGAAAAAAGCCUCAUCCAAUGCCGGACAGCGCUCUGAUGUGAUAACAUCUGAGGCGAGUAGAACAGCAGACACAGGGUAUGCAAUUUUGGAGGCGUCUGCGAACAAUCCACUUACAAGUGACUCGCAUACACCUGAAUCUGCCAGUUUAGUUGCAGAGUAUGGCGGUGUUGAAGAUAGUGACGAUUCUGGCCAGGAUGAGACACAUAGUGAAAAACAAGAUUCAUUGAUUUCAUUCAAUGCUGAAGCUGAAACAAAGGUUUCCGAAGAAGAAAGCAAGUGAGUUUAUGUAUCCUGCAUAUCCAUACAUUUAUUAAUCUAUGGUGUAACUAGGGAAUGGUGAUAUUUAACUGAAUACAUAUCUGAUUGUUCCAACCUUUGAAAAAUGCUGGUAGUGAUGUAGUCUUCAUUUAACAAAGUCUUUUUAUUAGUAACAUCUAAUUUACUUUUUCCACCUGUUAAACAAGUGCUCCAUGAAUAAAAACGUUAUCUGCUCUUUACGUUUAAAAUAUGAUUAUAAUCAAUUAUUUUUAAUUAUAGACUUUUGGAUUGGGCCAAACUUGCUUGUAUGUUGUGCUCCCGCGGCUUCAAAGAUGCAGCAACUCUUCAAAAACAUAGAGCAUUUUCUGGUCUCCAUUAUGAAAAUUUAAAUAAAUUACGCGGAAAAUAUGGCUUACCAGCAAUUCCUGUUCCAACCCCCGUGCAAAAUCAGGAAGCUUCAACGGCUGUUAACUCACCUAAAAAUUCCCUUUCAAUAGCAUCGUUAAUGCAGAUUGGUGCUCAAACGGCCAGUAAUCAUGAGAAAUCAGUAGCUUCUAGACAAGUUAGUAGUCGACCAGGCGCAUCCUGUCAAUAUCGUGAUCGAGCCAAGGAGCGUCGUGAAAAGUAUGGAAUACCAUCCCCACCUAGAAUGAAGUCAUUGGAAAGUCAGCCGUUAGUCGUGCAUAUAGAACAAGACUCAUUCGUUCCUCCCCUCCCAUCGAUUCCACCUCCACCCCAGUCAGGUUUGUGCAAGUUUAAUAACCUUAGUUUUCUAUCAGUAAAACCAAAUUUCAAGCAAAAAUUUUAGUUAUUCCCCUGUCAUACUUAAUCAGCUAUUUGCUAUGUAGAAAUUACUUUUCAUCAACCCUCUAUAAUAGUAAUUUUUCUGAAAAGUAAUUCCAAAUUUGACUUGAUUUGUGUGUUGUGCAAGUUUCAAACUUUGUUGUUAUUACGGGUUACUAAAAGCACAAAUCAUAACUCUCAUGACCUAAGUCCGAUAAAUUUACCUCUUCUGAAAUGCAUCAACUACUCAACUUAUAUCAAGAACCUAUGUGCUAAAGUCUGUUAUAUAAAAUGAAGUAUAAAGUAUUCCAGUGAUCAGAUUUUUAUGUUACAAAUGCCUCUAAUCGUUACACCAACUUUAACGUGAUGACUUAGUUUUGUUUGCCCCAACGUCCUAGAUGAGGUUAUUGCGUUUGGUGUCAUUUUUGUUCAUUAAGACUAAUGCGUAGAGGGAGGGAGUUAAGAAAAAAUAUUGAAGGUGAGUUUAUGUGAUUGUGCAUAGUAAUUUAUUUUAAAAUAGUAGGCAACAUAUGUAAUCCAGUUUAUGGAUUUUAAUAGUUUUGUCUUAUAAAUUGUUCAUUUUAUUUUUGAAGUUUCCAUUAUCUCGCUUUUAGUGAAAGGUGUCAAGUGUAUAAAGAAACGAAUAUCUAAAUUCAUAAUAGUCGUCAUUGAAUUAGUACCAGAGGGUUUCUUAUAAAAUUUGUUUUUGAAGGGUCAGCUGCAUCCACCUAAUUCAUGAAGUCGGUUUAUCAAUCGAAACUUUUGUAGGUAGCUGUUAGUUUGUACGACAAACUCCUUCAGUCGAUCAGUCAUGAAUAACGAAGAAUUGGACACUUGUUUAUCGGUUGAAUUUGCUACACCACAUCAACCGGAACACCAAGCUGCCAGAGUGAUACAAGUAAUAAAGGUAUUAAUGAUAGCAAAAACCAUUAGGCAUAGAAGAUGUGAUUCAAGAAAAAAGUAUGUGUUCAUGGAUUAAAAAAGUUUCGAGAUAAUUAAAAAACUUGGAAUUACGAGUGGACCAUUUAAAAUCAUCUUUUGUUUAGUUGCAUGUUUAUAUUCUUUUCUCCAACUGUUUGUAUCCUUAUAAUCUAGAAUAUUUCUAUUUGUCAUUUUAUGCAAAAAUGGUUCUGUUUAACGUAAAUUUCACAAACCCAUGAAGAUGCUUUUCAUAACAACCAUUUUACUUCACUGAAUCUAACUCAUAAUUUUUUUAGCUCCCAACGUCGGAAGUCGACUUAUGGAAAAAAUGGGCUGGCAAGCUGGUCAAGGUCUUGGUCGAAGUAAUCAAGGACGAACUCAAAUAGUUGAAGCCGAAUUUAGAGAAGCUGGCGUUGGUCUUGGAAUCAAAACGUCAAAAAGAGGACCUCAGUCAGACAAUUAUAAAGAUAACGUUAAGCGAGCAAUGUUUGCCAGAUUCCACGAAUUAGAGUGACUACUCGUGAAUUGUGUCAUUGUAUAUAAUCGUUUUUUCUGACGCUACUUUCUAACCUGAUCUAGCAUUUCUGUAAAUCUAAUCACUUUUGUUCAGUCCCUGAGUUUAUUGAUUGAUCUCAAUCUGGUUGACUAAAAUAUAAAUCUUGUACAAAAUGCAGCUCUCUUGUUUAAUAUAUUACAGAUCUUAAUCAAAUGACAGUUUUGUCAUUUCAUUACACAAGUGCAUACUGCUUUCAGAACUCAAAUGGAAGAUCCAGUGUGGUUAUUCAUCACAGCUCAUUUUCUGAAGAUUCUCUAACCAAAGGUGUAGCGAUUUCUCCUCUGCAUAAUAUACCAUAGAAUUGAUACUUGAAUAUGUAUUUAUGUAUAUGAGGUAGCGUAUUCAUGCCCUAAUUUUCUACUCUAGCUCAGAAAAAUACGACCAGACACAUGAAUUCAAAAAAAGCCAGUGUUUUUUCUAAGGACUCAUGAUAUACUACUUAUUUCUUAUAUCAUUUUCUUACUCCUAUUGUGUUCAAGCUCAUUAUUAUCUGAUAUCAGUGCCCACUACUCAUGCCCUUACUAAUAAUUAUUAAAGGGGAAUUCAUUUAUGUGAAUUAAUGAUAAAGUAGUGUUUUAAUAACUUGUUUUCAUUUCCAAAUACAUUCCGGAAUUAAACAUGCCAUAAGGAUCGAAUUGGUGCGCUUAAAUACGGCUGAGAUUCAUUAAUUGCUAAUCCGGAUCGAAUGUAUCAUUUUCAGCUUUUCAUUCAUAGAAUUGUAGGUGAUAAACAUGGACUUGCGCGUUUUCUACUCUUUUUCUUUAAGAUUAAUUUAUGGUCUCCAAAUUUAUUAAGUCGGAAGGAGUCAUGUUUUUAAUAGGUUUUUAUGGCUGAAUUCAGUUGACGAACAUUUGGUUACUUGACCAACAAACUAUAAAGUCAGCUCUAUAUUUGUCUUUUUCAGAACUGCACAACUACUUGCUUAAAACAAAACCUUGGAGUUGCUUGUAUAUGGUUAUUACCCGUAGUUAUUCUAAAAGUU